AUGUCUACCUUGGGAUCCCCUCAUCAUAUCGAGACGGAGUCUUCAAAGAAGACUAGGAAUCAGUUGUCAUCAGCGUCAUCCAAACCCGCGAAGCUGUUGGAGGUGUAUGAGGAGUUUGUAGCUAAGAACUCAAAUACCGUUAGCCAGAUCGAGUCUGGAUUGAGGUCUCUGACGUAUAUUAUUCCCGGACGAUUUCGAGAGUCUGAAUUAGCUUCCGAGUCGCUCCAUUCUGGAGUUCAACUUCUUUCUCUUUAUCAUGAUUCCCUUGUCUCACGUGUCAUUUCUCGGCUUCCUGCCGCCAUCCCUCGUCCUAACCCUACACCCCAUUCGCGAUAUACCAAAUAUUGGUCUGUGCGCUCCGCACUCUACCGGCGGGUAGCCUUGACUUUACAGAUGGUCCAAUACACGGAGUUACUCUGGGAAAUGAUAGCGCGACGACGAGGAGAGAAAAUCCGCUGGCGUGUAGUUGUGUUUAUCGAAGGCAUCAAAACAAUAUGCCGACUAAUGUUGCUUAGAUUAACCAAUUCUAGACCCCUGGUUAGCCCUCCUCUGCCCGAAAGGGAAGUCGAUCCAAGGAGUCCUGAAGAAGAGAAGGAAAGAAACCCUUGGGAUGACACAGAGGCGCCUCCUAGUGAAGCAGGAUCUGUCGCCGACCUAAGUUGGACGAUGCCUAGAACUGGCCUGUCGCUACCAUCUUUGCCGGAUGUCAGCAACAUAUCGAAUUACCUAAUAUCCAGAGUCCUUACUGCAGACGACAUCAAGCCUCCCAAAAGCCUCCUGCAUCGGGUUACCGGGCAGGGUCAGCUUGCGGAGGUGUUGUACAUCCUUCGACCACUCAUUUACGCCCUGGCAUUGCAGAAGUGGAGAGGUAAGAAGAAGAGCUGGACGCCAUGGCUUAUUGGCUUUGGCAUGGAAUACGGAUGCAGACAACUGGCCAACAAGGACUUCCGGGAAAGAGUCGCAGGUGGGUUGCGGGGGCUGACCGCUCUAGAGAGAGAGGAGUUGCGGAAACGAGGUUGGGCAAUGGGUUGGUGGGCAAUGAGGGGCGCAUUCUACGAGAAUAUUACAAAGGUUUGGUUGCAACGAUUCAUUCGAAAACUUGAAGGCAAGCCAUUACUUGGAUUAAUUGGCGGUAUCGUUGAAGAUUAUGAGUACCUCUGGGACAACUACUAUUUCUCAACUGCCACUCUCUGA